AGACCGCAUGCUUCUGCCAACAGGCUGCUCAGCUAACCUUCAGCCAGCCUCACCCUCCCGCACUGCUUGGGCUCACCCUCACCUGGACAGGAUGAGCAGCAAGGAAGAGGUCACUAAGUGCGCCCCAGCGACCCUCACCAGCUUCACCAUCCAGUCCAUCCUGCAAGGCACCACAUCUGAUCGGGGACGUGCCAAACCUUGUGCCAGGGAGCCCAUCACAAGCAGCCAGCCCAGCCCCAGCACAUCCUCAGAUGAAGAAGAUCAGGACGAGGGAUGGAGAGAAACCAGAUGCUUCUGCCCUGAAUCAGCCGGCAAGGAGUCCAGGGAGCAAGCCCCACAUACCUGCAGCCAGCACAGGUGUCACAGUAAGUCGCGAGGAUCGCGCAGUACAGAGAGGAGCCGGCAGGACUAUCCGGGGGACAGGGACAGACAUCGCACCCCUUCAUCUGGGGACAAGCAGGGCAACUCCAAGAAGAAGACCCGGACGGUGUUCUCCAGGAGCCAAGUCUACCAGCUGGAGUCCACCUUUGACAUGAAGAGGUACCUGAGCAGCUCGGAGAGGGCUUGUCUGGCCUCCAGCCUCCAGCUGACAGAGACUCAGGUGAAGACCUGGUUCCAGAACCGCAGGAACAAAUGGAAAAGACAGCUGUCCGCCGAGCUGGAGGCUGCCAACAUGGCGCACGCCUCUGCGCAAACUCUUGUAGGCAUGCCAUUAGUAUUCAGGGACAAUUCUAUCCUGAGGGUGCCAGUGCCCAGGUCUAUAGCCUUCCCUGCCCCCCUCUAUUACCCUGGCAGCAACAUGUCCCUGCCACUCUAUAAAUAAUACAACAGCAAGCUGGACUACUGAACAGCGCCCCGGUUUGGCCCUUUGGACUA